AUGGAUCUGUACUCGACAGGAGGAGUUACAUUUCUAACUAUAAUCGAUAAUUUUUCUAAAUUUUCUCAAGCUAUUCCCAUCAGUGCAUGUAGCAGUGUUCAUGUAGCAGACGCACUGUUACAAGUCAUAUCGACAUUGGGACUUCCACACCAAAUCACAAAAGACUCAGGCACAAAGUUUGAUAAUGAUGUAAUCAAAGAAAUUUGUGCAUUACACAAUAUUCAUAUGCACUUCUCAACACCGUAUAACCCUAAUUCUAAUUCACCAAUAGAACGGUUACACUCAACUCUUUCAGAAAUUAUUAGAAUUCAAAAGAUGACAAAUAAGGAUGACACAACUGAGACAAUAAUGAAAUACGCACUCAUUGCGUAUAAUAACACUAUACACUCAGCGACAAAUUACACUCCACAUGAAGUACUAUUCGGACACACAGCAUCACGAAACUUUUUGGAAAUUUACUACCCCAAAGAGUUUUACCAGGAUUAUGUAAUAAAACACAAGAUGAACACCAAAGCCGUACAAGAAUGCAUAGCAGCUCAUAUGUCAAAAAACAAGGAGGCUGUCAUCGCCAAGCGCAACCAAAACGCCGAAGAAAUUGCGCUCAAGGGUCCUCAUCUCAGGAGCAAUCGUGCUCACAACAACCGCCGACCACUUGGUAGCGAUGAGUACGAAUACCUGGAAGGCAAAUGCAGAACAAUGAACGGAAACACGCAGCUCUGCGAGAUGUCCAACACAGCAUCCAAGAGGGCAUCGGAAGAUUGUAUUAUAUCGCGAAUUCAACACCGCACGUCAAACUGUACAUACGCGAAAAUGCAGAUUAAUAAAAGUAUAGUGCAGAGGAUCAAGGACAAUACUUGGAUAAUUGUCCUGAGAGAAGAAACAGUCAUCCACAUCAAGUGUUUAGCAAAAUCUACUUACAAAAAGGCUUCAGAGUGUACCAGUACAGUAUACAACCUGCAGCACCUUCUGGAGACAACCCAAGAAAUAUCUGUCACAGAGGAACCGUACUGGACCACCAUGAUGGCAACACCAAGUUGGACUACCCUUAUCCUAUAUGGCUUGCUGAUUGCUGUUGGAGUCACAAGGAUCAUUAGCUGGAGGAAGUCGCAUGCAGCCAAGGACACCGCUGUACAAUACACUGAGGACACUGUGGGAAGCUGCCGGGUCAGCUUCCAGCUUAAGGAGGGAGGAGUUACGCAGGCCCAACACGGCUAA